UCCCUGUGACUCCUCCCGGUGGCCAGGACAGCCACCUCCCUCCUCUGAGUUACCUUCUAGGUCUGCUUUGCCAAGACUUUCCUUACUGAAAGUGGUUAUUAUCUGUGGGCGCCACUGGGAGCUACUCAGUUACGAGGAACGCCGGCUAAUACAUGUGCAAGGUCCUUGAAAAAGACGCACUUUAGAAAAGUUAACCAGGAUGUCAGUGUUCUUAAUCUUCAUAGAAAAGAAGCAGUACAAGUGCGGGAAGAAUGAUGAUGAGGACACGAGUGUUGUCCUUGAGAAGGACCAUUUCAUGGACGAUUUCUUCCAUCAGGUUGAGGAGAUCAGGACCAGUAUCGCCAAAAUAGCACAGUGUGUUGAAGAAGUGAAGAAAAACCACAGCAUCAUUCUUUCUGCACCAAACCCAGAAGGAAAAAUAAAAGAAGAGCUUGAAGAUCUGAACAAGGAAAUCAAGAAAACCGCGAACAGAAUCCGAGCCAAGUUGAAGUCUAUUGAGCAGAGCUUUGGUCAGGAUGAGCGUGCGGAGCGGACCUCCGUGGACCUCCGGAUCCGGCGAACCCAGCACUCCGUCCUGUCCCGGAAGUUUGUGGAGGUCAUGACGGCGUUCAACGAGGCGCAGACGCUGUUCCGGGAGCGCAGCAAAGGGCGCAUCCAGCGCCAGCUGGAGAUCACUGGAAGAGCCACGACCAACGACGAGCUGGAGGAGAUGCUGGAGAGCGGGAGCCCUUCCGUCUUCACCGCAGACAUCAUAUCAGAUUCCCAGAUCACUAGACAAGCUCUCAAUGAAAUUGAGUCUCGUCACAAGGACAUCAUGAAGCUGGAGACCAGCAUCCGCGAGCUGCACGAGAUGUUCACGGACAUGGCCGUGUUCGUGGAGACCCAGGGCGAAAUGAUCAACAACAUAGAAAAAAACGUUAUGAACGCCACGGACUACGUAGAGCGCGCUAAAGAAGAAACGAAAAGGGCGAUUAAGUAUCACAGCAAAGCCAGAAGGAAAAAGUGGAUAAUUGUGGCUGUGUCAGUGGCUCUGGUUGCCAUAAUUGCUCUAAUUAUUGGUUUAUCGGUUGGCAAAUGAUGGUGCGGAUGACGUCAGUGUGCAGCCCCCUGCCAGCGAGGCGAAAAUGAUGUUCCUUAUUAUUUGUGUAAUUGUUUUGCUUAUCAUCCUUGGGAUUGUCCUGGCAACAACGUUGUCAUAGCGACCGCGUCCCGAGAGCCGGUGUCCUUGGAGUCAGACCCUGCGCCCUCCCAUCCCGUGACCAUGACCGGGCCCUGACGCUGCGCCCUGCAGCCCUGACACCUCCUGCAGGGACGGGCCGCGAGCGGGAGGGGCGCCGCCCUGGACUCGGAAGGGCACACCACCGAAGACGGACAAUGUGAAACUUGUCUCAGUGGCCUUAAACUAGGGAAUUAUUGAAGAUUUCAAUUUUCUUUUGUAUGUCAGUGUUAAAAACACAUGUGAAGUUUAAUUAGGAAUAUUUUAUGUUAUGAAGCUAAGAGAUUUCAGGUCUGAACCUCCCUUCCUCCCCGCCCCCAGCUAACAUGCUAAUGAAGAGUUGUUUUUUGUACUACAUUUAAUUUGUGUUUUGUUUGUGACAAAAAACUUUAUCGUCACAGAGCCGUUUUGUAAGAUAUCCUUAAUUUUAAAUGUUUAUAAAUUGUUUAAUAUAUUAACAUCUUAAUUUACUCCAUUUUUAUAUAUCGAAUGUUGCCUUUUGAAAUAAAUAGGAAGCGUCAUGAUAUUAGAGCCAUCUUUGCCCAGUUUACCAAGUGUGCCGUUAGCACAGCGCACGUUGGCGCAGAGCCCGGAAAGCCUUUCCAGUGCCUUCUGUUCAUACCGACGGCAGGUGAAAACGCGCCUGGCAGCCUCGGGAAGGGCCCCGUUCCGGCGCUCGGCUGUGCUCCCUCCUGUCAGUUACUGCACGUGAGGGACCGCCGCCUCUUCCUUGUUCGUUAGGAGUAAGGUUUGUGUGUCCCUGGUUUCGUCAGUCAGGUCUGAACUUAGGAUGGUGAGAAGACCCAGACUUAGUCCUUUCUAAACCCAAGGAAGUUACCCUUAGACAUUAAUUCUUCUAGCUGUAACCUGGUGCGCAGAUUGCUCACACAGCCUUGUCAGGUACUCACUGUUCUGCUGAACUGCAAACGUGAGUUCCCAAAGUCCAUAGGAAUCCGUGAUCAUUAAGCGAUUGUGUUGCUCAGCCAUGGUUUUAGUAUAAUAUGGUUAUUUUUUGACUUGUGUGACGUCUGGGCGCGGGCGGACAGCUGUGCGAUGCCGGCUGGUCGGGACUGACGGACACGUUCAAGGUGGAGCUAAGCUGUCAUCACUCGGGUGCGGUCCAUCGUGUAGGCGCGUGCCCGUGCCCUGACACUGGUCUGAAAACAGACGCUCCUGACUCCGCAGUACGUGUGAACGAGCGAACAGCCCGCAAGCGGAGUCCUUGUGUGAUACCGUACGAAGCCCACUCGUCCCUGAUUCACGCGCGCGACGGCUCAGCUCAGACUGCGAGCUGAUCCCGCCGAGCGCUCAGAAUGACGCGGGCUCGGGCUGUACCGUGUGUUUAACAGUCUGUAAGUGGCCCGUCGGCGGGGUCCGCGCGCUCUGUGCACACGUCGGGGUCGUGCCUUGAAGGACAUGUAAACAUUUAGCGAUGACGCCUUUCCUGCGCCUGCUCGUCUGUGUCACUGUGUCCACGUGGGGAGCAGCGCUGUCAGCCGGUGGCCUGCGUGCGCCGGCCGGCCUCCAGCUCGGGCUCCGUAGCCUCGCUUCCGGCCACAGUCAGUCUUCUGAGAUUUACCGAAUUUCUGCUGUUGUAGUUGAAGUUACGGAAAAGCCUUUUGAUUUCUGUUUAGGUGAACGUUUAAGUCCGUCAUCAGAUAGCGCUGCUGCGCGUGUCAACCUCAAGCACGCGUCUGAGAUCAGAUUUUUAAAAAAUAUAUUUGUAGGUUCACUUGUUACUUUUUAUCAGUUCCUCAAAUAUUUUAUGUUUCCAUAAAGAAAAAAAAACUGCCAGAGGACCAAAAACAAAUUUACUUUUGUCUUGUCAUUUCUGGAAAGAUUUUUGGGGAGAUAUUUUAUUGCAUAUCCAUUAAUAAAUUGUUCUACUAAGAAAAUCA